ACAAGGAGCCACUCAUCUCUGGAUUCUCCUUGAUAAAAGUAUGAAGGAUCAUCUAAACUGGAUUAUACUAACCGAGGUUUCUGUAAAACUAAUUUUCUUGGAGAAUCUCGUAACUUCAGAUUCCUGUUUUAUAAAAGAAGAUUGUUAAAUAAAUUAUACGAUCUGUUCAAACCCGGUCUUUGCAACAUUAAAAGUGUUCACAUCCCUGAUAUUUUUUGCUGACUGCAGUGACAUUCCCAUCAUGGCCUCUUGUCUUGAAAUAAAAAUAAUGUAAACCAUCUCCACAGCCCAUAGUCAGUCCAACUGAGAAGUUCUGGGUUUCUUCCCCACAACAAGUGACCUUAUCCUCAUUUUUCUGACAUUACAUUGAAGGAAGUUUCUGUUACACCAUGUGACACAACCUGUCACAACUGUCCCAUGAUUUACUUCUCCAUGCUGCAGCAGACUGACUUUAACUGUGUCGUCAACAAACUUCAGGAAAUGCCCGUCAGUGUGGCUACACUUGUAGCCAUUAGUAAAUAAAUGGCAUGAGGAGAGGUGGAGACAGAGCAGCUUCUAAGAGAGUUAAUGGACGACUGACGGAGGCUUGUAUGCAAGACAAUACCUCAUAUGCUUCACCAUUCAAAUACUAAGAUUAGAUGUUAGUGUUGAAAUAUGUGGCUGGAUUGCAUUAAAAACUGAGAAAUAAUCUGUGAUUAAAAGCCUGGGUUUUCAAGUCAUAAAAAUGUUUAUGCAAAAAAGUGAAAUUGCGUUCCCUGAACGCUUUAUGUGAUAGAGAAACACAAAGUGGUGCAUAAUUGUGACAGGGAAGCAACCGUGGUUUUCAAAAUGAUUAAAGCUGAGUUAAACAGCUUUUUACUGCCAUAAUUUUAGUUGAUAUGUUUUAUUUUGUAUUAUUUGUAUUUUUGUUAUUUCGACUCUUAUUUUGGAAGGUUAAAGUAGGAGUGGAAUCCAGCCUGUUGCUAGGGAACCAAAGAAAGACGACGCUAUAUGAAAGCAUAGCUUUAACAAGUGGCUGUAAAGGAUAAUUUAAGUUUAAGAAUUUAUUUAUAAAUUCAUUUCUAACUCGAACGGAAGGGUCAGCCAGCGAGCGUGUGACCAGACAGCCGGAGGAAGCGCCCCUGGCAGUGUAGUAAACGAGAAGCGCCUCCUCUCUCCAUCGCUUCACGCCGAACCAGAACCAUUCAACUCUCCCCUCCUUCAGGCUUCACAUCCGGGUCAUCCGCCAGGAUCUGUCUCCUGCGUCUGUGGCUGACUGAGAGUAAGAAUUGUUCCGUCCGCCGCCGCGCUGUACUGCAGCUCUCCUCCCGACUGCGCGGCUCGCCGAGCGGACACUGCGCUUAGCGUGCACCGGCGACGAUGGAGCCCCGAGCGCCGUGAAGCCGCAGCCGGGUCGCACGCACACAAAGCCGGGGGAUGAGACGGUGAGGAGAGGCUUCGUGUAUGGGCUAGCUCGCGGUGAUUAACUCGCCCGAACCAUGUCGAAGAGCCUCAAAAAGAAAAACCACUGGACCAACAAAGUCCACGAAGCGGUGAUCACGCGUGGGAAGGACGGAGAGCUGGGCUUCGAGCUGAAGGGGGGCGCGGAAAACGGCCAGUUCCCCUACUUCGGUGAGGUGAAGCAGGGGAAGGGACUGAUCCAGAGCGGAAAACUGGCCCAGGAUGAGCUGCUGCUGGAGGUCAACGACAUGCCAGUGGCUGGGCUCACCACCCGGGACGUGCUGGCCGUCAUCAAGCACUGCAAGGACCCGGUCCGCUUCAAAUGUGUCAAGCAAGGGGGGGUAGUUGACAAAGACUUGCGGCACUACCUCAACCUUCGCUUCUCCAAGGGCUCAGUGGACCACGACCACCAGCAGAUCAUCAGAGACAACCUCUACCUCCGCACCGUUCCCUGUACCACUAGGCAGCCUAAGGAGGGGGAGGUGCCAGGGGUGGACUACAAUUUCGUGAGCGUGGAGCGUUUUAUGGAAUUGGAGCAAAGUGGAGCCCUGUUAGAGAGUGGAACGUAUGAAGAUAACUUCUACGGGACACCGAAACCUCCAGCGGAGCCGUCCCCGGCAGCGCCUCCUCUGAAUGUGAGUGAGGCCUUGCUUCCCGGAGCCCGGCCAAGCGCCCAGGGCAAGAGAAAGAGGAAUCAGUCGGUCAGCAACAUGGAACAGCGUGCCAGCCUGGAGCCGCCUGAGGAGGAGGAAGAGGAGAGCCCAGUUGUCAAUGGCAACGGAGUGGCCAUCACACCGGAGUCCAGUGAACAUGAGGACAAGAGCACAGAUGCCUCUGGGGAGGUUGCAGCUGAAGGGUCCAGCCAGGCCCCAGCAUCAUCCGAGCCUCCGACUGAAGGGGAGGAGGCCCCAAAGUCUCCCUCCAAAUCCCCCUCCAAAGUCCCUGAUGUAGAUGAAGAAGAGCUCGGUCCUCUGCCUGACAACUGGGAGAUGGCUUACACAGAGAAGGGGGAAGUUUACUUUAUAGAUCACAACACCAAAACUACAUCAUGGCUCGAUCCGCGGCUAGCGAAGAAAGCGAAACCACCCGAGGAGUGCAGGGAGGACGAACUGCCUUAUGGUUGGGAGAAAAUAGACGACCCCAUCUACGGCAGCUACUACGUCGAUCACAUCAAUCGAAGGACUCAGUUUGAAAAUCCAGUCCUUGAAGCCAAGAGACGUCUGGACCAACAGAGACAGAUGCAGAGCCAGGGACUCUCUGCUCUGCCUUUACCCACAAUAUACAGAGAAAAGCCGUUGUUUACGAGGGACCCGACCCAGCUGAAGGGCACCUUCCUGUCCACGGCCCUGCAGAAGAGCAACAUGGGAUUUGGCUUCACAAUUAUUGGAGGCGACGAGCCCGACGAGUUCCUGCAAGUGAAGAGUGUUAUACCAGACGGACCCGCCGCUCAGGACGGGAAAAUGGACACAGGGGACGUCAUCGUCUACAUUAAUGACAUCUGUGUGCUCGGCACGACUCACGCCGAUGUUGUGAAGCUCUUCCAGUCCGUACCGAUUGGUCAGAGUGUUACGCUUGUGCUCUGUCGAGGAUAUCCGCUGCCCUUCGACCCCGAGGACCCGAACGCUGCAGCGAGCGCCUCCCUCACUCCCAUCGGGCUGGAGCACCGCCCACUGGUGGUGAACGGGCGCGGCAGCUACGACCCCUACCUGGAGUAUCUGUCGCUGAGCUCCCAGCUUCCCCCUCAGGCUCUGGCGCAGGCCGGAGCCUCUCACCCAGGGGACACGCACCUGGAUGGCUCGUCGCUGCCGCCCACCACGCCCGGUUCGGCGUCCGCACACACGCCACGCGAUGAUAAUGUCUCUAUGGCCUCGUCUGGGGCGGCUGGUGUUGCCGGAGCAACAGGACAAGGACCAGAGCUGCUGACGGUGACGAUGGUGAAAGGUGCAGAAGGUUUCGGGUUCACAAUCGCAGACAGUCCAACCGGGCAGCGAGUUAAGCAGGUGUUGGAGCCUGGUUCACAAGGCGCAUCGGGCCUGAUCGAAGGAGACCUGAUCCUGGAGGUGAACCAGCAGCCGGUGGCUUCAGCAGGACACGGACGAGUGGUGGAGAUGCUCAAAGAGUGUCCAGUGGGCGCAGAGGCAACACUCCUCAUACAGAGAGCAGGAACAGGUCACAUCUCCCCAUGGAAGGCGUCCAAACAAUGGGACCCUCAGGGCAGCCCUCAGACGAACCUGUCCGGCCCGGUUCUGCCGCCUGGCACGCCCUUCCCAAACCAACCACAUCACCGCACAUCUGUACCCGACUCCACAGAGGGCUUUGACCUGAACAAACCCGACCCUUAUGACCUUUAUGAGAAGUCGAGGGCCAUCUAUGAGAGCAGACGUCCUGAGUACGAGGAGGUGGAGGUGCAUCUGCUGAGGGAGAAAACGGGCUUCGGCUUUCGCAUCCUGGGGGGAGACGAGGCCGUGCAGGCUGUGAGUCCGGACGCCCGUGACAAGAUUGUUAUUGGCGCUAUAAUAGAGAACACUCCCGCUGAGCGCGACGGCCGGCUUCGACCCGGGGACGAGCUAAUUUCAGUGGAUAAAAACGUGGUUGCUGGGAAACCGCACAAAUACGUCAUUGACUUGAUGCACGCCGCCGCCCGCAAUGGUCAAGUCAGCUUGACUGUGAGGAGGAGAGUGCAGAUGCCCGGAGAGCCUUGCCCGGUGAACGGCCGGAGUCCUGGUUCUGUGUCGACGCAGCACAGCUCUCCGCGCAGCGACGCAGCCUCCGCACCCGUCCCCGCGACUACAAACGCUCCAGCUGCAACCUCAGCCCCGGAGGGGUCCGCUCUGCAGACCAGCGACGUGGUCAUUCACCGCAAGGAGAAUGAGGGCUUUGGCUUCGUCAUCAUCAGCUCCCUGAACAGACCGGAGAACACCACAGUAAUCACUGUGCCUCAUAAAAUUGGACGUAUUAUUGAGGGAAGCCCUGCAGACAGAUGUGGGAAGCUGAAGGUGGGAGACCGAAUCCUGGCCGUGAAUGGACAGUCCAUCAUCAGCAUGCCUCAUGCAGAUAUCGUCAAGCUCAUCAAAGAUGCUGGACUAACCGUCACGCUGCACAUCAUACCAGAAGAAAGUUCCCUGUCUGGACCCAACUCAGAGAAACAGAGCCCCAUGACCCAGAAACACAGCCCACAGACCCAGCCCAGUCCUGUAGCCCAGCCAAGCCAAGGAGGCUCCCAGUCAAGCCAAAUGGCCACUCAGUCUGGCCAAACGACGGCUCAGCAGCCGGGUCAAGCACCGGUCCAGCCCGGCCAGACAGCAGCUCAUACUAACCAAACGGUGGGCGGGCCUCCUGCACCAGCAGCCUCCCAGCCUGCACCAGCUGGAACCCAGCAGAGCCCGGUCACCCAACCCUCUGGCCUUCCUCCGCAGCUCUACCUCCAUGACGGCAGGAAUUCUUACCCACCGUUUUCCUGGUCAGAGGUAAAGGCAAGGCAGGAUGUCAAACCGGAUUUCCGUCACCCUCCGUUCACCGACUACCGGCAGCCUCCUGUGGACUAUCGUCACCCUCCGGUCACUGAUUACCGCCAGCCACCGACGCUGGACUACCGACACCCGCCCGGCCUUCUGGACUUCAGGCAGCAUCCUGCAGCAGCGCAGUUCCCUCUGGGAAUCCCCGCUGACUUCAGACCACAGGACUAUGAUUAUUUCACGGUGGAGCUGGAGAAAAGUGCAAAGGGUUUCGGCUUUAGCAUUCGUGGGGGCAGAGAGUACAGCAUGGACCUGUUUGUGCUGCGGCUUGCAGAGGACGGGCCCGCAAUACGGAACGGGAGGAUGAGGGUGGGGGAUCAAAUAAUAGAGAUUAACGGAGACAGCACCCGGGACAUGACUCAUGCCCGCGCCAUUGAACUCAUAAAGGCGGGAGGCAGGCGGGUCAGGCUCCUGCUGAAGAGGGGCACCGGACAGGUCCCAGAAUAUGACUGUGUCGGCCCCUGGGAUUCCCUUUCUACAGCCCACUCUGCCCUGCAGGAAGUGACCCUGGAACCACAUCUGAAUCCAUUACUUCCCUCCCAUCCAGCUUCAUCCCCAGACUCCACUCAUCGGCUCCAUCUAGAGGCCAAAGUGUGCAUGGCAGACAAAGCUCCGCUGCUGACAGACCACAGCUCCAUCAGAAGGGCAAUAGGUGGCAGGUCCACUGAGCAGAAGUGCGUCAACGUGGGGCAGGGAACCCUUCAGGGGUCUGGAGAGGUGAACCCUGCACCUGGAGAAAAGCCGCCUCGGGCUUUGUCUCACAAAGCGGUUAUGGGAAGGUCCACUGACAGAAGAGAGAGGCAGAAGGAUAGUUGCUCGCCCUGUUGUGAGAGGAAGGGCCGGCAAAAACACGCAGCGGGCGCCGUUUCACCCUGGGACCCGUAUGUGACAGUGAAUCUGAACGGAGCGUCUCCGGGAGGAGGAGACGGACCUGUCGGCCUCCAGGAACGGCUGAUGUCCAGGAAUCUGUUCCCCAGAGAAGACGAGAAGGCCGGUGGCCACAGCGGGGUGUGCUGCCCUUCUAAGACCAUCGAAGGUCCUCCAGCGAGGAGCGCAGCUGCCUCCCCGGGGCCCUGGAACAUCCCUGGGCCCGACAAGCUGCCUGGCACCCUGAGGUCCUGGACCUCCACGGUGAGCCGGUAGAGAGGAUCCUCACACUGUUUGGCUCUGUGUUCAGUUCUCAUCACCAGGAAAGCAUCUUCCUUCAAUCUCACUGUCCUGAUUUCUGCUCCACCUGCGUAUGAAGUCUGUUUUUACAUGUAUUUUUAUUCAUACAAGAAGAUUAUUACACCCACUACCUUAAGGACUGGAGAAACUUUCUAAAAUAUGAUGAAGGACCCUCACAUGUGAGCGCUGCUCAAAUCUCAUUUUAAAGUGUGGAGCUUCACACCUUUACUUGGUCGUCUGAAGGUAUACAGGGAGUAAGUAUUGAACACAUUACCAUUUUACUUAGUAUUAACCGACUCAAAUACAUAAAAAAUAAACCAAUACACAUAAAAAAAUAAAAUAAACAGAGAAAUCUGAGCAAAAAAGUGAAAUGCACAGGGAAUAAGUGUUGAACAAAAUUGUUAAAAUUGUUUUGUUGUUUUUUCCAGUUGUUAACAAGUCUUGACAUGGUUUUUUUUUCCAGCAGUGGAGUCUUGUGUAGUGAAUGUUCAUAGAGAAAAUAUAUGUUGAGUACAUGAAUGUUCUCAUUUCUCCUCAUUCUAGGUCUUUCUUAAACUCUCUGUGGCCCUUUGCUCCUGGAUAACUUUUCUGAUUAUUCUUAAGCUCUUUACAAAAUCUUGAAAGGAGCAUUUGACUGACCUGGUUUGUGGGUUAAAUUACGUUCCUUUCAGUUCUGGAUUACUGUUCCAACGAAACUGACCGGAAAAUUCAGAAGUCUAGUUUGUAACCAAAGCCGUCAAGUAUAGAUUACCUUCAAAAUAUAAAAUGUUUUAUUUAAUUAGUUUGUUAUGGUAGGGAGAAGGUUUUUUUAAAAAAUUCUGACAGAUUCUACUUGUUUUGUGUAUCUUUUCUUCAUGUAUUCAAUACUUGUUCCCUGUAUCAUUCCAAUGUAUUACACUUAAAAACUAAUUUAUGCACUAAUUGGUGUUAAAUUCACUGUAUUUGGAUUAUUUGAGCUGUUAGUGACAUAUAUACUGAGAAUCUUUUGUGCUCAAUACUUAUUUUCCCUGCUGUACAUCAGCACAGGAAAUCUUCUUUUUGCUCCGUCUCUCUGUGAAGAUGGAAGAUUAAAAAUUUUUUGAGUGUUACAGAGGUUGGAAGCUGGAGCUCUUGAUUCAUAUGUUACAUGCCUACAAAUAUAUACUGUAAAUGUAAAGAAGAUGUGAAAAUUAUGUACAUUUUGUAUACUCAAAAGCAGACCUGUUGGUGUUUUUGAGGCAGUGUUGUAGUUAGAUACAUUGUACAAAAUAAGGAUAAAGAAAAAAACAGAUAAGUAUCCUGGGACAGUAUUUUAGGAACACUGUUUCCAUGGCCUUGUCCAUAUCGACAUAUCAAACACUGACUCUAAACCGGACCGCAAACGGAGGCGGUGUUAGUGUGCAUGGAUCCCAGACAUGUCGGUCCUUCUGAAGAGCUCUGUGGGAAUAUCACCUCUGGAGGAUGAAUCGGAUGUUUUUAAUUCAUCACUUUCAAAAGACUGAGAACAUUUGGCUUAGUAAGAACUCAUACUACUCCUCUCUCAGUUGUGUACUCAACCUGAUCACAGUUCAACCAUGCAGUCAUUGUGCAGAGUUAUAAAGCUGUGUGUAUUCAUCUGAUGCCCAACAGGAACACUUUGUCCAGUCUCCUAUUUCUAUGCCUUUUAACUGUGCUAAGUGUACCACAUCACUGUGGGAGAGGGGAGGAGGAGGUCGAUGGUUAUGAGGUGAGGCGGAGUGCCUUACUCAAACUAAUGCAGAGAUUUGCUUUUUGGGAACUUGGUGAACCAGGCUGAGAUGUGGAGCCUGGUUUCUUUUUGCUUCAGACGUUAACGCCAAGCAGUAUCUAUCUGGAUGCACUCUACAGCUGUAAAGAUCAGCCGUCUCAAUUAUUGCAAUUGUCCCCCGAGUGAUUCAGACGGGGAGAAAAAUGUAGCCUGUAGCAUCACAUCCUCUCCUUGAAGUAAUGUGGAGUUGUUUAUCAAGACGAGCUAAACAUCAGAGUGGGUCAUGGUUUCCGUUUCACUUUUGUUUGUUCUCUAAGGAAACAUUAGGUUUGUAUUAAUGCCACAGGCCCAUGGUGAGCCCAUGAACACAAACAUAUUUGUUUAAUAACCAAAUGUGUUGGGUUUGGUCGAGGUUAAGGCACGCUGCUGUUAAACUAAGACGCUCCAGGGAAUGUCGAUUUUCUCCUGCAGUUCUCUAAUUGGAUGCCAUUUAAAUCUUUCUGCAAGAUUAUUAAAAAUGAACCACUGGAGCUUUUGAGUACCGGAGGACAGCAUGACGACACGCCCACACCAGACCUGGAAACUGCUGGGAAUGGGCUCUUUGUGAAGCUACCUGCAUUCUGGGGUCACUAGUAAGAUCUUUUACACCGAGGGUCCCAGGGAUUGAUGUUAAUCCACAGCCACACCUGGUCUGGAUGGCUCCACGCUGACAGAACUGUGGGGUCUCUUUCGUGCUUUAGCGAGGUCCCUGACCAACAUGUCAUUAGGGAGUAGAAAUGUGUUUUCUGUACGUGUGUAGAAAAGCUCAGAGAACAUGUCAACCAGCCCUCCGUUUCCAUCCAGGCUGCCCCCCUCUGCCUGCUGUGACUGGGUUUGUACGUCACACAAAACAAAACAGAAAAACUGCUUAUUGAACUCGUGAAGGAUGACAAGUUCAUUUCCCCCCUCCCCCCAUCGAGAUCCAGUAUAAUUGUGUAGUGUUAAUUGUGUAAUAUUCACCUUGUACAGCUGUAUUCCUACAAAUAUGGUUUACUGUAUCAUUGAUACUGUAGUUUCAAAGACGUGAACAACUAUUUUUAUGAAAUGCGACAGUACUGAUAUAUUACAUUUUGCUAAAAAACAAAAAACUUGUUUACUGAAAGAUAUUCUGAAAUACUGUCAAAUAAACUCUUGACAUGGUGUAAAACA